GAAAUACGGCCGCUGCUUUGGUUCUUCGCGCGGGCACAGCUCGCCCUCACUGAACUGAUGGAGUUUUUUUCGGACGUUUCGGGCAGUCCGUGAAGGCACCAUCCUGCUCGUCCCGGGCGAACGGCGUCACACUAGCGAUGUGUCAUUUCAUCGGAUAAAUUACCGACCGUGAGAGCCGUCCCGUCUCCCCUGCCGUUACCGUGCCAGGACAAUGGCUGAAAGCGACCGUUAGCCUGAUUUUUUUUUUUUUUUUUUCUCGUUCGUUUGCCCCUAGGAGAACAGCUCCUCUCUAAUACGGUGCCGCCCUGUUGUGAAAUCAAGGAUGGGGUCGGUCUUUCCAACGGGCAACAUGUCCCUCGUCGCGGUGACUUUGGCGCUGCUCGCCUCUGUCCUCUGCACUUCUCCGGUCAGUGGGAACGAGGACUGUCUGUGGUACGUGGAUAAAAACGGCACCUGGCACAACGGCUUCGACUGCCCUCUCAUCACGUUCUGCUGUGGGAACUGCCACCGGCGCUACUGCUGCCUAGACGCCUUCAAGAUGAUCACAGAGAGGGAGCAGAAGCGCUGCAUGCUAUUCCAGUUCAGCCCCACCACUUUAGCCGGCAUUGCCUCCUCCAUCCUCCUGUUUGUGGCCAUCAUUGCCACCAUGGUGUGCUGCUUCAUGUGUUCGUGCUGUUACCUCUACCAGAGAAGGCAGCAGAGGGGCAGGACACCUUAUGAUGCCCAGCAGAUCCCCAUGGCCACCUACCCGGUGGAGCCCAUGUAUGAUGCUUAUGGAAAACCACUGGGACCCUCUGAGUAUCUGCACGCAGGUUAUCCAAUGGUGCCCCAGUAUCCCGGCAUGCCCCCGCAGUAUCCAGUGAUGCAGCCUGGACCGUAUCCACCUCAAUCGAUGGAUCCUGCAUACAGCCAGGCCCCUCCACCUUACUCUCCACCUCAGUAUCCUGGUCACUGAUGGGCUUGUCUGCGCAAACACACACACAGUGGGAAACAACAACAGCUGAGAGUCAUGACUGUUUCGAAAGGAGAAGGCAGCAAUGCUCUCUCACUCACUCAAACACAAACACACAGACACACUCAAGUAAACACUACAGCUUGACUAGCAGUGGUUUGCCUGUGACAGAGAAGGAGGCACUUCAAGAUUUAUUUUCUUUUAAAUUUCGUUGUUUAUUUACAACGUUGUCCUACUUUUUCCGGAGUAUUUACAUAAAUCAAAUUCUGUUCUGCAGCUUGACGCCUGAUUGCUCCAGGCGGGCUUCACAGGGGGCGUCACGCCAUCCCCAAAAGUGAGGAGGAGUCCGGCUGGCGUCUCGACUCUGUGCUGCCACCUCUGCUCUCUGACACUUCCACCUCAGUGGCAGGGUGUUAACUAAAGACAGGGCUCAUCACAUAACAGAGGAGGGGUAAAAAAGGGUUUACAAAAAGGAUAAUGCACUCCCUCUCUAUUUAUUAAAGGGAAAAAAUGCUUUACUUCCUCACCUUUGUUAAAUUUGUAUAUUUCUAACUACCUAAGACAACAUUCCCGGUGGUGUCGGUCACUGAUCAACAUUACAUGAUGUCCUUGUAUCUAUUUGAUGUUUCUUUUGUAAUGUAGGUAGAGGCUAAUGUGAAAAACAAAUUGGAAGUGAGAGACUCAUGUUUGAUUGAAAGGGUGACAUGUCUGGGUCAAAGGCAACGUGAUGCUGUCUUAAAUCUGCUCGGAAUGACCUAAUGGAUUUUACGGUAAUCCCAAUUCUGUGCAUGAAGCCUUUAGUUUCGACUUUGGCUCUUCUUCUUUUUUGUGUCUGACUCGAGUCAUUGCUUCAUGGUGGUAAUUAGCUGCACCGUUCUAAUGUAACAUCUCAACAUCAGCAUGCUACCCAGUCAAAGUUCUCUGUCCUCGCCUGCUCCUUUUCUUGCUUUAAAUGAAUUAGAAACGAGUCCUUACAUUAUUCCCACAGUGUCGGAUAGGAUGUCUUACAGUGUCACAACUCUUGUUUAAUGCUUAUUUCUUGUAACAUGUCAGGUCAGGGGAGCUGCAGGUCAUGCUGCUUGAUAAAAUAAAAUGUCCCGCCUUACAGUAAUCAACCAUUACAAAAAGAGAGAUUAACUAUUUAAAUACAUAUUUUUAAAAUCUGUUAUUCAGCUGAAUAUUUUAUGAUAAUGUAAUAAGUUAUUUUAAAACAAUGUAUUGCUAUUGUAACAUAAGAUAUGACAUUUUGGCACCUUUCCAUUUGGUAUUUAUUAUCCUUAAGGUUACCUUGUACUGUGAAUGGGUUCUCACCUUCUGGACUAAGCUACAAUGCCAAAAAACGCCACUGUUGAAAAAGGAGAUUUUGUUGACCACCUCUCUUUGAAGGUUUGACAUUUUGGGAAAUAUGCUUAUUUGCUUUCUUGCCGAGAGCUGGAUGAGAAGAUUGAUACCUCUCUGAUAUGUUGAGGGUACAGUGGUGGAAGAAGUGCUGAGAUCCUUCACUUAAGCAAAAGUAGCAAAACCACAAUGUAGAAAUACUCAGUUACAAAAGUCCUACAUUCAAACCAUUUUACAAUAAUAUACAUUAUAUUAUUGCACUAUAGUUAUUGAUGCAUUAAUGUUUAAGCGAUACUUUAAUGUUGCAGCUGGUAAAGUUGGGGCUAAUUAACUACUUUAUGUGCUGCUGGGUAGCUUCAUUUCUAAUAAAACUCAUGGUUUAUUUGUUGGUUGUAUUUUGUAUUAACGUGAAUAUGCAAAGAAGGAACUAAAGCUGUCAAAUAAAUAAAGAGUUCUAUAGAAAAUAAAGUACAGUAUUUUAUCUGAAGUAAAAUGGAAAAAGUUGAGUAAAGUACAGGUACCUAAAAUGAUGUGUUUACAUUCUGCUAGGAGGUGGAUUAUGUUACCCUCAGACAGAAAAAUCUGUUGAACAUGUGUCUUGUUAAGUAAUAACAUGAGAAUAGUAAAAGGAAAUGCCUCAUGUUUGGCCACUUGUUUGGUGGGAAUGAAAAUAUAUUCAGAUUUAGCCUAUUAAUAAGGUGAAUCAUGACAUAUUUCUCAUAUUAUUCCCAUUUGUCAAAACCAAAUUCUGUGAUAUCGCCCAGCCCUAUGGUGCAGACCUGAGGAAGCAGGUAGGUGCAUUUCCCCAAAUGUCAAAUUAUUCUGUCAAAUUUUGUUUAAACAGAUUUGGGCUCUGGUGAGGUCAGGGCCUGUAACCAGCCCUGUGCUUUUGUAAGAUUUAUGAACUGUAAAACAUGAUGUCUGUAGCAUUUGUUGUACAUUUAACCGACUGCUAAUUCUCAAUGGCUGGAUUAUCUUUAUUUAGGGCUAAUGUAUCCCAACCUUACAGUCAAAUGAGGCACAUGUUAAAAAAAAAAACCCCACUCAUGCUGAUCAGAGAAGCCUGGGCUUUUACAAACGAUUGAUUGAGACUUAGUUCUGUGUCUGGUCUCAGCUCUAAACCAUGCAAUAAAUCAGAUAUCAGUUAUUCCCCCUAGUUUACAGCAUGAAGUAUUCAUUCUGUUGGCAACAUCCGUAUGUGCUGAUGUGCUGAGCCUUUGUAAAGCACAAAGAGAACACUGGACUUGUUUGCCUUUCUGUUUAUUUUGUGCUUCUAAACCAAGUCCAUGAGUGUUUUUAAUGAAACCUACCAGGUGGAAACUUAACUUGUCUAGAUAUGGCUUUUUUUUUUUUUUUUCUGUUGUCAUAUGGAUAGUAUGACAUUGUAAUAUAAAGUGAGUGAAAAGUUUUUAUUUCUAUUAACAUAAAAUUUAACUUUGGAAUGUAAAAUACAACAGUCUGCUGUGUCCUUUAUUGCAUUUUUAAAGGUAUUUGUUUCGAAGAGACACAAUUGUAUAACGUUUAAGGAGAGCAGUAUGUGUCACCUCCUUUUGGCCACUAGAUGUCCUUAUUAACCUCCACUCGGUGUUAAAUGUGUUCAGAUGUUUGGCAGAAUUGAUUUAUUUCGCUCGUUUCAUCACAAGCAAAGUCCCAUCCAAAAGAAACGUGGGCCCCUAAAAACCCAGCUUGUUAUUAACGUAUUAUUAUUUGUCAUUUGCAUAUUUGUAUACCGUAUAGUUGGCCUCACAGCUGUGUAACAUUCACAUUUUGCAUUUUUAAUUAUAUUACAUAUAUAUCUUUUUGUAUCUUUGAUUUGUAUAUCCUAUAUAUUGCUUCUAAUUUUGAAUUUAUCAUGAAUUUAGUUUGAAACUUUCAGUUUA